AUUACUUGAACACCCUGUUACCUCAAUUGUGUAUCCUCAAAUGUUCUCCUUUUCUGUAUUACAGGAACAUGAAGAAUGCAGUCGGCAGUUCUUUUAAUAGUUGUUUGCAAUCGGGAUGCUGUUUGUUUUGCUACAAAAGUUGUCCAUAGUUUGUAUCCCACCUUCUUGAUAAGAAUUUGCGUAGGUUUGGAACAAAUCCUGGCAUGUGCCUUAUCUUGGGUAGUCGAGCAGGUGGUGUUUACCUGGAACCUGAAACAGCAUUCACAGUGACGUCAUCCUUCUUUUUUCAGCUUUGAUUCAACCACCUGUGUGUGGUUUGCGGCACGAAUUUACUUGUAUUAUUUUUUAUUAAAAAUAAAGAUUGAGAAGCAGCAUGCUGGGUCAAUAAAGUUAUGGUUGUGCGCUACCUGCCACAGCACAAGAUCCGAAGGAGCUGCACAGUAUUACACUGAUGAAGGCAGAAAUGCCUACCUGCUUGAUUUAGUUUCUUAAUUGUUACACCUCCAAAUUUACGAUGACAUGUUUUCUUUUACCUCUGGUGGUUCUUUACAAAUUGAUAGAUGUGGAGCUCUCGUCACUUCUUCAGUCUCAAUAUAUAGAACGACACAGUGAAUCAUAGUCGAUAGGUGGCAGUGUGGUAUUGCAUGCUAGCAAAGUGACAUGUGUUUCACAGAAAACAUGAGGCUCAAUUAAAGAGGUUGAAAAGGUUUAUAAUAUAAUAAAUUCUUUGUCAUUUUCAAAAUAACAGGUAUAAUUCUUAUCGUGACCAAGUCUGGACAAUCGCUGGUUCAAUUGUAUGGAUAGCUUGUGUGCCUUACUUAAUGGAGACUGUAAUGGACUGGCAGUCGUUGAUGUCACUCUGACCAGCUUUAACUUGCUAAUCCUGACCACUCGGGGUCUCUUCAUUAGUGAGAAUCUGACAUCUCCAGUUAAAAGCAAUUUAAAUGUGGAUCAUUCCCUUUACAAAUUGCUGUACACUCCUUUGUGUUUCUCUAACAUGGAGAGUUUCCGUGAAGAUUAUUUAAGCCUGACAUCCAGCAAGCCGAUUGCCAAUAACCAGAACUUGCCAUGUCUCUACAGCACCGAUCCCUUCACAGAUUGGUAUAGAUGUCUCCAACAUAGAAACAGUUCUGCUUCCCUUAUUCACGAUGUGCAACAAAGAUACUGGAAUAGUUAUUUCCUUAAAUAAGCCCCAAUACAGAACCAGGCAUUCGUGACUGUGUACUCGAUGAUAUACUCUCAGUUGAACGAACAGAUCAAGUUUCCACCAUUCCAGUUUGAAUUUCUUCCAGAAGGAAUAUCCUUCGACCCAAACAGUCAUCAGUUUUAUGUCUACGGAGCAGAGGUGUGGUCUUCAGAAGAUGGAGGCAACACAUUUAAAAAGAUCAUCAGUUCGGCCAGUGAAAAGUUUGUGAAGUUAAUUUCGUGUGUUCACAAACAUGCAGUGGUAUUUGUAACAAAUUACGGCAACAUCUACUUCAGCAAGACAGGUUUGAGAUACAGCAAGCUGAACAAGACAAAAUCAGAAUUCUCAACCCUGUACUGUGAUCACCUGGGCUCUUUAAUCCUCCUGGCUUUAGACGCACACAGUCCAAAUGGACUGAAAGUGGAAAACAUCGAUCCAGCUUCGUUGAUGAUGGAUGAUGACUUGGGCUUUGACAGACCCCUUGCCCUUCAAUAUAUCAGGGACAAGACAGCACUGUUUCACGAAUUCGGUCCUUAUCUUGCAAAUCCAUCCGCUGUUGACUCAUCUCCCAAGCUCUCCAACUCCUAUAUUGGCAAAGUGAUACAACUAAGGUAAAGCAACUGCCUCACUGAAAAAGCAAAAGGACACCUCCAUAUUUCCCCAGCAUCUGAUAACUGCUGCUCGACUGCUACUGUGCAGAGAUUUUUCAAAUAAUUCCCUAAAACAUGUUUUAAGUCAUUAGGUGUUAAUUGAAACGGAAUGAAACCUGUUAUAUACCUGUUAAUAAACACAAAAUAAAGCUUUUU